AUGAACUACUUAAUUAUUGUGAAAGCUGCUAUAUAUUUCAAAGAUAUAGAUAAUAUGGAGAAGGAAUAUAUUCAACACAAGGAUACACACAAGAAAGAGGUGGAAACAAUUGAAAUAGAAUCUUGUGCUUUUAAAACUGAUCCGUUGGAAGUGAGUUACGCUGAAUUUGAGAAACUGUAUCGUUUUUUUGAUUCCAAGUACAAGAUACAUAAUUCAACUAAAAAUGCUAUAACAGGCAAGUUAAGAUACAUGUCUCACAGAUUACCAGAGAUAAUUGAUUCGUUGGAAGAGAGAUACAAUAAAGGUAAUGAGUACACCAAAUUCAAAACAAGAUCAGAACUAUACGUUUAUUUGUAUAAGAGUUUGAAGGUGAUGCUGGAUGUGAAUUUAUAUAUCACAUGA